UCUGCAGAGAAAAGGCGAGAGAGCAGGAGGUUAGGGAGGGUGAGGAUACGCUGAGGAGAAGUACUUGCCGGCCAGCUGACUGUUUGCAAGAUCAAGGAGCUCAUGCUGUAUGGCAAAUUUGCCCCCCCCCUGCCAUCAGACAAACACAGCCUCUGUCUAGCUGGGAUUUUCCUCUUGGCUGAUAUUGACAGCCUCUGGGAUUGUAGGUGCUUAUUAGCCGCUCCAACAGACCACUUUGAACCUGCGUCGAUAACAUACCUUGCGCAGGAAAUGCUCUGCUGCGUGCUGUGUACAAGCAUCGUCUUUUCUGUCGACAGUGCAGAAAGCUGGCAGUGAGAUGAGGAUAUAAAGGGAAUGCCCAGAGCACAGCAGAGGCGAGUGCAGUCCUGGACAGGUACUCUCUGACGGAGGCCGAACUCUGAGGUGGAGGAGGCUGUAAAGAGGGCCUGAGGGAGCCUCCCACCCUCCCUGCCUAACCAGGUGGAAGCAUCGGACAGCCAUGGCUCCCCGGAAGCGCGGUGGCGGUGGGCGCGGCGGUCUCUCCUUCAUCUUCUGCUGCUUCAACAGCAGUGAUCACCCGGAGAUCACUUACAGGCUGCGGGAGGACUUUGCCCUGCAGGCCAUGGAGCCGGCCCUGCCGAUGCCAAGCUACGAUGAGCUGGACGGCAUGUUCUCCGAGUUAGUGGACGAGCUCGAUCUUACAGAGAAACACAGAGAAGCCAUGUUUGCCCUGCCCGCAGAGAAGAAAUGGCAAAUCUACUGCAGCAAAAAGAAGGAACAAGAAGAAAACAAAAGUGCAACUAGUUGGCCAGAAUACUACAUCGAUCAGCUCAAUUCAAUGGCAGCUAGAAAGACGCUCCUCGCUCUGGAGAAGGAAGAUGAGGAGGAGAGGAACAAAACCAUCGAGAGCUUGAAGACGGCUCUGAGGACACAACCGAUGAGGUUCGUGACCCGUUUCAUCGACCUGGACGGCCUGACGUGUAUUCUGAACUUCCUGAAGAGCAUGGACUACGAGACCACAGAGUCACAGAUCCACACGUCUCUAAUCGGGUGCAUCAAAGCUCUGAUGAACAACUCCCAGGGUCGCGCCCACGUCCUCUCGCACACUGAGAGCAUCAACAUCAUCGCCCAGAGCCUGGCCACGGAGAACAUCAAGACCAAGGUGGCAGUGCUGGAGAUCAUGGGCGCAGUGUGUCUGGUGCCAGGUGGACACAAAAAAAUCCUGGAGGCCAUGUUGCACUACCAGCGUUUCGCCUGCGAGAGGACGCGAUUCCAGACACUUAUAAAUGAUCUGGACCGGAGUACGGGGCGAUACAGAGAUGAGGUCAACUUGAAAACAGCCAUCAUGUCCUUUAUUAACGCUGUGCUAAGUCAAGGAGCUGGAGAGUCAAGUUUGGAAUUCCGUAUCCACCUCCGAUAUGAGUUUCUUAUGCUGGGCAUCCAACCUGUGAUUGAUAAACUACGUUCUCAUGAAAACUCCACAUUAGACAGGCAUUUAGACUACUUUGAGAUGCUACGGAACGAGGAUGAGCUGGCUUUGUCAAAACGAUUUGAGUCUGCACACAUUGAUACCAAAAGUGCCACCCAAGUUUUUGAUCUCAUCCGCAAAAAGAUGAACCACACAGAUGCAUACCCGCACUUUAUGUCUGUGCUGCAUCACUGUCUCCUCAUGCCACACAAGAGAAGUGGCAACACGGUGCAGUACUGGCUGCUGCUGGACCGCAUCGUCCAGCAGAUGGUCCUGCAGAAUGACAAAGGUCACGACCCCGACGUCACACCACUGGAGAAUUUUAACGUGAAGAACGUUGUCCGGAUGCUGGUCAAUGAAAACGAGGUCAAACAAUGGAAAGAGCAGGCAGAGAAAAUGAGAAAAGAACACCACGAGUUGCAGCAGAAGUUUGAGAAGAAGGAGCGUGAAUGUGAUGCAAAGACACAGGAGAAGGAGGACAUGAUGCAGACGCUCAACAAGAUGAAAGAGAAGCUGGAGAAGGAGAGCACCGAGCACAAGAGCGUCAAGCAGCAAGUGGCCGAACUCACUGCGCGACUGCACGAACUCAGCACUAGACAGGCAGCUGUUGUUCCCGGAGGCCCUCCCCUCGCCCCCGGUCCCCCCGGUGGCCCGCUGCCUCCUCCACCCAUGCCAGCCUUUGGCGGUCUGUGCCCACCUCCCCCGCCCCCUCCCGGUGGUAUGAUGCCCCCUCCGCCGCCCCCGCCUCCUCCUCCAGGUGGCCCUCCACCUCCUCCUGGACGCCCACCCCUUGGAGGCAUCCCCCCGCCGCCCGGAGCGCCGCUGGGACCGUCCCUGAAUAAGAAAAACAUUCCUCAGCCGUCCAAUCCGCUCAAGUCGUUCAACUGGUCCAAGUUAGCUGAGAAUAAACUGGAGGGAACUGUGUGGAUGGACGUUGAUGACGGCAAGGUUUUCAAAAUCCUGGACCUGGAGGACCUGGAAAAGACCUUCUCAGCCUAUCAGAGGCAGCAGGACUUCUUUAUGAUCAAUAACAGCAAACAGAAAGAGGCGGAGGACGACACACUGAGCUCUAAAAAAGUCAAGGAGCUGUCAGUCAUUGACGGCCGUCGAGCUCAAAACUGCAACAUCCUCCUCUCGAGACUGAAGCUUUCAAACGAGGAGAUGAAGAGAGCCAUUUUGACUAUGGACGAACAGGAGGACCUUCCCAAGGACAUGCUGGAGCAGCUGCUGAAGUUCGUCCCAGAGAAGAGCGACGUGGAUCUCCUGGAGGAGCACAAACACGAGCUCGACCGGAUGGCGAAACCCGACCGCUUCCUCUACGAGAUGAGCAGAAUAAACCACUACCAGCAGAGGCUGCAGUCUUUAUACAUCAAAAAGAAGUUCGCCGAGAGGAUAGCAGAGAUCAAACCCAAAGUUGAAGCUCUGACGAAGGCGUCGAAGGAGAUUCUGCACAGUAAAAACCUGAAGCAGCUGCUGGAGGUGGUGCUGGCGUUUGGAAACUAUAUGAACAAGGGUCAGAGAGGAAACGCUUACGGCUUCAAGGUGUCUUCACUCAACAAGAUCGCCGACACCAAAUCCAGCAUCGACAAAAACAUCACUCUCCUGCACUACCUGAUCACUAUUCUGGAGAAGAAAUACCCCAAAGUCCUGAGGUUCCAGGACGACCUGCAGAGCAUCUCUGAGGCCGCCAAAGUCAAUAUGACGGAGCUGGAAAAAGAUAUCGGCAACCUCCGCAGCGGCUUGAAAAGUGUUGAGAGUGAGCUGGAGUACCAGAAGAAGCGGCCGCAGGAGCUGGGAGACAAAUUUGUGUCCGUGGUGAGUCAGUUCAUCACCGUGGCGAGCUUCAGCUUCUCCGACGUGGAGGACUCUCUCACUGAGGCCAAAGAGCUGUUCCUGAGGGCAGUGAAGCACUUCGGCGAAGACGCCAGUAAGAUGCAGCCGGACGAGUUCUUCGGCAUCUUUGACCAGUUCCUGCAGUCGUUCAUCGAGGCUCAGCAGGAGAAUGAGAACAUCCGGAAACGCAAAGAGGAGGAGGAGCGCAGGGCCAAGAUGGAGGCGCAGCUCAAAGAACAGAGAGAGAAGGAGCGACGGGCCCGGAAAGCAAAGGCGAACGGGGAAGAUGACGGCGGCGAGUUCGACGACCUGGUGUCGGCGCUGCGGUCGGGGGAAGUCUUCGACAAGGACCUGUCCAAGAUGAAGCGCAACCGCAAACGCAUCAACAGCCAGACCACGGACUCGGGCCGAGAGCGGCCGGUCACGAAGCUCAACUUCUGAGCCUCUGAGGCUGAGAUCUUCAUCAUCAUCACCAUCCCCCCUGCUCUUCAUCAUUAGUCUCACUCCUUCUGGGUCAUAUUGACAUUCGCAUUCCUCCGCUCCCACCCAGCUCCCGCCUGAACGGACCGCGGCCCAGCGUCAUCGCGGCAGAGCCACACACACACACACACACACACACACACACACACACACAAACACACACAGAGCGCAACACGUCUGGACCUUUCAUCCGCUCAGACUUUGAAGCCAAAAACUGUUAAUAACGACCAAAUCCCUUCAAUUCCUGCUGGAGGAUCAUUUGGGUCAAAUGAAAUGUUUCUAGAAAAAUAAAAAUAAAGUUGUUAUGCAGGACAGGUAGGUUUUGUCUCGUUCCAGGUGUAAAGACACGGUCGUGGCGAUUUGACGGGACGCGUCCUGGGCUGUUUUUGUACGUCAGAAUCUAUGCACAGAGGGACACGUGCAGCUUUUUUCCGACUCCUGCGGGGCUUCGACGCUCGAUCCGAACGGGAAGAUGAUUCCAUUUGAAAAAAACACAAGGGGCCAUUUUGUACAGACUGAUUUCUAGGAUGGAGCGAUGACCUGUCUGAGUGACAUGUGGUCAUUUUUGGAGAGAGACUGACUCUGAACUUCCUCCUGACGCUGCCGCUCUGAGACGCAAGUGACACAGAAGCAAGUGAUGCAGAGUUUUGGUUUAUUUCUUUCUCAUUAUUGACGCGCAGCAUUUAUAUAUCUGUAUGUUCUUAUUUGAACUGUGUCCUGUUAAGAGCUGGCCUUAACUCUGUUGACUCUGGUUGUUGAGUGGGUACUCUCAAAAAGGCCUGGGCCUGAUCUGCAAUGUCUCAACAAGUGUGGUCGUAGAUGACAUAUAUCUAUAUAUGAGGUCGCGUGCUUGUUAUACAUGCACAUAUGAAUUCAUAAUCAUUUUAUUGCUAAAUGCCCUUAAAUCCAUACCCAAUCAAUGCAAUACACUUGUUUCCCCUCUGAAGGCAGUGCCCCCUGCGGCCCCGCCCCUUUACUGUUUUUAUUUGAAUAGAUGAAAGAUGUUUUCCUGCAUGCUGGCUGGAUUUACACCACACUAAAAACAAAAAAAAAAGUAAGAAACACAACUCUGAUUUAAAAUUCUGUGAUCCACAUGUGAAGUUUUCUACAUGAAGGAAACCCCCACAUGUGGACGCAACUUCUGGUUUUAAUUUGUCUCCUCAGUGUGGAUCCAGCCAGUGUCGGAUGCCUCCACUGAACUUUUAUAAUUUAAAUAUUGCCUUCCAAUUGUACGUUGACCUGAUGAAAAUAAAUGGGAGAAAACCG